UGGAAGUAUAACAUUGGUGUUGCUUAACUAAUUGCAUCAGUAGAGCAAUUUACAGUGCUCUCUCUUGAACAAUGCUUUCUUCUUCUAUGGUGACAUCGGGGUGCCCGCAUUAAUUGGAUAAGUUGAUCGAGUUGAGGGUGUUCUCAUCUGAAGUAAGAAUUAUAAGAUUAUUGUUACGGUAAGAUUGCUUUGGUAUGAAUUUAAAACUGUGAAGACAACUUCUGAUUAGUGUUACUACAGCAUUCCAUAUCCGAGCUGGCAUUAUCUGCCCGCAUUCCAACUCCAAACACAAACCGAAAGCGAUGUUUAAGACCAGAAAUCUUGAUGCCAGCGUCAUCUUUCUCCUGCCAGUGUUGCAUCCUUCCUCUCUCGUUUCUUUGCUUUUCUAGGCUCCUUACUGUCUUUGCAUGAGACUAUUUGAGGCAACCCCAUUUCCACUUGUUGCCGCCGAAUGUCGGGUCCGUGAUAAUUUUCUGUCUCUCAGUCUGCUCGGGUUUUAUCGAGGAUUUUUUAUUCAAGGCAUCCUUCUUUUUCCCCUGUAGAUAAGUUGAAGCAAUGGCAGGAGUGAUGCAGAAGUUUGUUCUUGCAUCCAUGAUCAUGUGGUUGGCUCCGAUGGCAAUACUAUAUGGAUUUAAUCAUCAUAUUAUUCCUGGUUCAGGUCAGCUUUCAUCCUCAUCCCAAACACUUUUAAGUGGAUUCCUUGCGGUUAUAUCAGUGAAUCUAGUGAUCGUGUUGUAUAUCAUUAUGGCCAUGAAGGAACCUGCCAAUCGCGAGCUCCAGCCAGAUCCAGCCUUUUUGGCUGAGGCCAAAGCCAGCAUUAACCAAUCUGCAGCCACAACAAGCAAUCACGAUGCCCAAUCCCGGGACAAAGUGGAGUAAGGAUUAUUGUCAGUGAAAUUUGUAUGUCUUAUAAUUUAAACUCUUCUCUUAUUUCACUUCCAUGUCUUCCAUCAUAAAGCAAAAGGGACAAUAUUGUUGUGCUAGUUUACCACUUGGAUUGUAUUGGUGCAAAUGCAGUAAAUUUUGACUUCAAAUGAUUUUAGCUUAGUAUAUUUUCUAUAUCCUAACGGUUUGGAAACAAUCUAAAAA